UAGUCUGGAUAAUUCCCUCCAAAUCAAUUUUCCCUCCACCACCUCAACCGUUCCGAUCUCUUCACCACGGCGGGUGUAGCCGCCCACCAUUGCCCCCCUCUAUCUUGUCGUAGAUUCUUCUUCUCAAUCUUCUCCUAAGCUGUCGCAGUUCUCCUUACGGCCCUCUCUCCCCCUUCGGUUUCCAGCUCAACCUGCCAUUUGUGACCAAUUUCCGCUCCCUCAUGUACUCGGCUCCACAAAAGUCCCAAGACGCAACCUCGACUCUCGCGCGCAAGCAGUAUCGCCAUUACUAUGGCGCGAAGGUGGAGCCGAGCAGAGGAGGAUCGCAUUGCCUCUCUAGUGGAUCUAUACGCUGGAACCACCCGGCAGCUCAAGCAGAUUCACUCCCACGUCGUAGCCAACGGCCAGUCUCAAAACAACUUCAUUGCUGCAAAGCUCGUGAGAACAUUUGCAGAUCUGGGAAGCCUUGAACAUGCUCGUGCUAUAGCCGAUGACCUAACUAGUCCCAAUACAUUUGUUUGGACUGCUUUGAUCAGAGGCUAUUCUCUUCAUCCUUGGCUCGAUAACUCCAGCAACCAUGAAGCAAUUUCGCUCUACGAACGGCUGCACCAGUUUUACCCUGCGGUAAAACCUCUCUCGUUCACAAUAUCAUCAGUCCUCAAGGCGUGUGCUCAGAUGCGGGCUCUCGGUGAAGGAGGACAAAUUCAUACUCAUGCUUUCAAGCAUGGAUUCCAGCUAGAUUCCCAUGUUCAGACCACGCUCAUUGAUUUCUAUGGAAAAUGCGGCUAUUCUAGAGAUGCACGUAAAGUAUUCGAUGAAAUGUAUACAACGGAACCCGACGUCCAGGCAUGGAAUACAAUGGUCGUCGCAUAUGCGGAGGCAGGGGACAUGGAAGCUGCACGUAAACUGUUUGACAAAAUGCCUGAGACGAAUGCACAUACAUACAUUGCAAUGAUCAAUGGCUAUGCCAUGGCAGGCAAGAUGGACCUCGCUCGUCAGCUGCUCGACGACAAAUCCUCAUCGAAUGAGAAGAACUCAGUCGUCUUCACCGCCUUGAUAGCCGGAUAUGCGAAGUCCGGCGAUUUAUUAGCUGCUCGACAAAUAUUCGAGGAACUCAUCGACAGGGACGUGGCUUCAUGGAAUGCAAUGAUCACUGCUUACAUUCAUGCCGGGCUUAUCGAAGAAGCAGUAGCCCUUUUCCACCUGAUGCUCGAUAAUGGCAGUCGGUGUAAUCCUCAGCCCAACCACACUACUAUAGCCACCAUCGCUUCCGCCUUCGCUCAAUCCGGUUCGCCCAGCCAAGCGAACUUUUUCCAAGCCUAUGUCGACCGCCGUGGGGCUGAGCUGCUCAACAGCCACACCAUCGCCGCCUUAAUCGACCUUCACUCAAAGUGCGGCGAUCUAGACAAAGCUUACGAUCUCUUCCGCAGAUGGGGGCGAAAGGACUUGGUUUGCUACAGCGCAAUGAUCGCAGGGUUCGGGAUUCAUGGAUGCGGCCAGAAAGCGAUCAAGCUGUUCGAAGAGGUUCAGGAAGCUAACUUGAAGGUAGAUGCAAUAUGCUUUGUGUCGCUUCUUGCAGCGUGCAGCCAUUCCGGCAUGGUGAAGGAGGGAAAAAGGUAUUUUGAGCUCAUGAGAACUAAGUACUGUAUCACUCCAAUGGCUGAACAUUAUAUGUGUAUUGUCGACUUGCUUGGGCGGGCUGGGCAGGUGGAAGAAGCUUAUAGUUUGAUCCAUGGAGGAAUGCUAAUAGGAGUGGAGCCUAAUGCUGGGGUAUGGGGAGCUCUGUUGAGUGCUUGUAGGAGUUAUUCUAAUGUGGAGAUUGGGGAGAUAGCUGCAAGAUGUUUGAUGGAGAUUGAGCCAGAAAAUGCAGGGAAUUAUGUGCUGUUAUCGAAUAUAUAUGCGAAGGUUGGGAGAUGGGGCGAGGUUGCGAGUGUGAGGGCAGUGAUGAGGAGGAGAGGGAUGAGGAAGGAGCCUGGUUGGAGCUUGGUGGAGACGGAGGGAGGUAGAGGAAGGAAGUUCAUGAUGGGGGAAGCUUAUGAUUUGGCAUUAGAGUUGGUAUUGUUUGUUUUGAGUUGGCAGUUGAAGGAAUAUGGCUACCUUCUUAACAUGGAGGAAAUAGAAGAGUAAGGACAGAGUUCAUGUGUGGGGAGUGGACAAAGAAAUUUCAAGCUCAAGAAAAGACUUUGUUGUUGUACCAUUACGAAUUCCGAGGAUUUCAAACGGUUCAGAAGAAAGAAAGUACAACAAAGAAGGGUCCGUCGACGGGAGACCAUGAUCCUCACUUAUCCAAUUGGAUGCAACCAUUUGAGCUAAAGACAAAUGUCAUCCUAGCCAAGAGAAGGACAAAAAUAACGAUUCAAACUCGGGCAAAUUGAACUUGAAUAGACAUAUCAACACCCAAAGUAAUCAUCAUAAGAAAUCCGGGCGAAGGUAUCAACCUACCUCUCCACAGAUCUAACUCAAGGAAAGAAUUUAGUUCCUCGCCAUUACCAGCCGUUCUGUGGAUACCCCUGAGAUUCCUCAUCAGGGAUCAAGAAUUGAUAACAUAACAGUCUCAAAAUCAUCCAAAGAACCUCCAUCGUCAAAGAAUGAGCUAUCAAUCGAGUUACGGUGAUCCACCAUCUGUUCUAUGGCCUAGUCUCGUUCUGUUGACAGGAAGUCCUCAUCUAAUGAUCAAGGGUUGAAAAUUAGAUUAGAGCAAUAGAUCAAUAAAGCCCAAUCGAUCGAGCCAGUCCUGCCGACUGGAAGCAAUUCAAAUCUAGCUGAUCGACUGUGCCAACUCAAUCAAGCCAAUUGAACCAACAUUAUCGAGUCAAAGUCAUGAUUGCCCGAUCGACCCAACCAUUGGACAGGCGAUCAAUAUACAUGCAUAUGUAAAAUACCAAAAAUAUCAUGCAACGACCCCAUUAAAGAAGAGAUAAAAAUGUCAUAUCAUAUAUUGUA